UAAUAUUUACCUGCUGGAUAAUCCUGGAGCCGUGUGGGUCUGUGUCGGCUGUUUUCCUCCAGCUGGAGUAGAGAGGAGUGAUGUGGUUUUAAGUUGGUGAUGAAUGUCUGACUGCCGAGAGGAAACGACUCUGAGGGAGAUCCCUGCGAUGGCACCAGAGUUACUGACUGUCAUCGUGGCUUCAGUGUCCUGUGUGGCGUUUUGUUUGGUGAUCCUCAUGCUGGUGGUCGUCCUGUACAGGAAGGAUCCUCUCUGCUGCAGAUUCAGACCCUACACAACAGAGCACUACUCAGAUGACCCUCCUCUUUACCACAGAAGACUCACUCUGAUGGGCAGCGAUGAGCUCCGUGGGGCCGUGAACCAGGGAGCCGCCGGGCUGCAGGUUCCUGGAGGAGUGUUUGUCAUAGGGAAGCCGAAUGACUACCACAUGGAGGGGCCGCUGCCGAGGCUGCCCUCGUACGAGAGCGUUCGUAAGAAGGACAGGCAGAGGCAGAUCCACUGUAUGAUCGCUCAGCGCUUCGGCCUCAGCGGCUGCCACGAUGAGCCUCCACCAACAUAUGAAGAAACCCUCCACCAGUCCCUUGAUAUUUCAUCUGUAAGUCUGCAGUCUCCGGAUGUUCGCCCGUCAACCCGCCCCCAGGAUGAGUCCUCGAGCCUCAGCGAAGACACACACAACCUCCGUCAACCAUCCACAGCGCUCCGAGGCCCGGCUUCCUCCUACUGCCCGGCACAGAGCUCCAGGUUUCUGUCUCUCUAAUGGCCCCCGGAGCUCUUUGCCAAGACUCGGCAUAAGGAAGGGGGCUACUGUUGUCAGAGCCAAGAGAGUGACGCCAUCAGGGCCAAGAAAAGCGUUUCAGGGAAGGGAACGCUUGUUCUUUGAGUCAGAGCUGUUGAUAGAUCUUUGUGAUUAUUCUUAGAGGUAUUCUCAUGAUAAUGACUCUGACUCGAGCUGUACACUCCCCGAGGGUGAGAAUAACUUAUCUGUGAUUGUCCGUGCGAUUUCUAACCCUUUCCGAGAAUGGUGCAGUGGGAGGACAUUUUUAAAGGUUCGACAAAUGAUGGAUCAGGAUGUUUUUCUACUUAGAUUUUUUAUUAAAUGUCUUUGAAUGUAACAGUUUUUAUGUAACUACCAAUUAAAUCCCCAAUUGAAAUAA